AUGCCAAAGCGGCGCAACACCGGUGAAGGUCAUCCGGAUCAUCGAAAGGCGAAGAGUAUUGCCGAUAUUAACGUCUCGUCUAGUCAGCCACCAAAUAUCUUUGACAAUAUUCUGAUUGCUCAAAGGCGUCAAGCGGAUGAAGAACAAAAAGUAGCAGCUGCUGCCGCUCAAAAAUUCUCGAUUUCUUUCCUGCCACCAACUGGACAAAUCUUCCCGCCCCAUCUCUCGAAUAAUACGUUUAUUAAUAAUCAAACGACGACUAAUAAAGUGAUGGCACCGUUGACUGGAACUGGCACUGGAAAGAGCACAUCGACACGGAGCAAAGAGGGAGAGUAUCAGCUCAUCAAAAACGAGCUCCUGUGCUCACCAUACGGAAAUCAAUACGAAGUGCUCGAAUUUCUGGGAAAAGGAACGUUUGGACAAGUGGUGAAGGCGUGGAAGAAGGGAACCAGCGAAAUUGUGGCCAUUAAAAUUUUGAAGAAUCAUCCGGGCUACGCGAAACAGGGACAAGUCGAAGUGUCGAUUCUGUCAAGGCUGAGCAAUGAGAAUUCGGACGAAUUCAAUUGUGUGCGCGCCUUUGAGUGCUUCAAUCACAAGAAUCAUACGUGUCUGGUGUUCGAAAUGUUGGAACAGAAUUUGUAUGAUUUUUUGAAGCAGAACAAGUUCAUGCCACUGCCACUCAAUGCGAUUCGACCAGUCAUGUUUCAGGUCCUAACCGCUCUGAACAAGCUCAAACAAAUGGGACUGAUUCAUGCGGAUUUGAAGCCCGAGAACAUUAUGCUGGUCGCGCCACAACAACAACCCUAUCGAGUCAAGGUUAUUGAUUUUGGAAGUGCUUCGCAUCGGAAUAAGGUUGUCCCCAACACGUAUCUUCAAAGCAGAUACUAUCGCGCCCCCGAAGUGAUCCUUGGUCUUCCAUUCAGCGAGGCGAUCGACAUGUGGUCACUGGGAUGUGUCAUUGCGGAGCUUUUCCUCGGAUGGCCACUGUAUCCAGGAAGUUCGGAAUAUGAUCAGAUUAGAUUCAUAAUCCAAACUCAAGGACUUCCACCCAACUCGAUGCUCGACAACGCGGGAAAGCUGACUCGCUACUUCCGAGAGCUCAAAUCGGACAUGCCAAACAACAAUCGCGGAAGCUACUACCGUCUGAAAACCGUGGAAGAGUACGAAAUGUCAAAUGGCUCAGCAGCGAAAUCCAAGGAAACUCGAAAGUACAUUUUCAACUCUCUAGACGACCUAGCUCGCAUUUGCCAUGGAUUCGAGUCAGCGCCAACUGAACAGAUUUGCGAGAGUUUGGAUCGCCAAGAGUUUAUGGAUGUUCUGAAGAAGAUGUUGGUACUCAACCCGGACUACCGUAUCACCCCGGCCGACGCCCUUGAGACCCAAUUCAUCAAAAUGAGUCAUUUGACGACUCAGGGGUUCUCGAACUACCUCCAUGAGGCCAACAAGCGGAUGGAGAUUUGUAGAAAGGGUGGACCUGUGGUCCCGACCAACCAUCAGUUCCGUAGUCCGGUCCCUCCGAAGAUUCAGCCUCCGAUUAUGGCGGUGCUAAACAAUCCGAUGUUGCCGACGUCGACAGUGGUUGCUCAGCCGGAUCUUCAGAAUUUGAUGCAUCACUACUCGCAGACUGCAGCGCCGGCACCAGCGGCACCAAUGUUUUAUCAACCGAUCCCGGCACAACCGCUGAUUCAGUUUACACAACUUCACCAUCCCUUCAUCCAACCACACUUCCUCUCGCUCGCCCCAUCAUCUCAUAUGGUUCCGCAGUUUGUUCCCGUACCCAUUAUGGACCCAACACUUCUUCAGGGUCAAUGGCAACAGGGAGCCGCCGCCGCCGCCGCCCAAGCUCAAUUCGCCGUCCUGGCCAGUGACAUGAUGAGAGGAGGAGCACAGGCACCGGCUCCAUCCGUCGGAGGACCAUCGUUGAACCAGCUGGGUCUGGGUUUCGGCACCCCGAUGAACUUUUUGAGUCCACCGGCGCUUCCAAAUUUGCCGGCGACCGCCGGACCACAGCCGCAAAUGGCCAACCCGUUUAAUGGAGCAGCUGCACAACAGCCGACACCGUUUUUGGAUGAGCAGAAUGCGUGGAAUCUGGCGAAUGGGUUGCUCCAGCAGCAACUUCAACGACACCAACAGAUUCAUCAGAAUUUGAAUGCUCAGCAGGCUCAGGCUCCGGCUCCGGCCGCCCAACAGCAGCCGCCAUCGGUCAUUUUGUUGUCCAGCGAUGAGGAUAGCAAUCCAGCGACUUGA